CAGGGUGUAGAAGUAACGGGAAGGAGGGGACACAUUGGAAGAAGCCGGCUCGUACCGACCCCAAAAUAUGUACAGUACAUCUGAUGUAACAUGCCACAACCAACAAGUAGGGACAGUCUGUCUGCUGAGAGACGGUGUCACCAUGAAAGAGGGGGAGGACUGACAAGCUCAGUGCUGAUCAUCUAAACAAGUCACGUUCCGUUCCUUGUGGUUUUUUUUUUUUUGUUGAGGGCAAAGAGGGGAGAGAGAGACGCCAUGCUCCAGCAAAACUGGGAACAGGUCGCAGUUUGAGUGAAGAUGGCGUAUAUACAGUUGGAACCAAUAAACGAGAGUUUCCUGUCCAAAAUCUCUGAUCUGCUGCUGUGCCGAUGGACGUGCAGAAAUUGCUGUCAGAAGUGUUACGAAUGCAGCUGUUGCCAGUCGAGUGAAGAUGAAGUGGAGAUCCUGGGGCCUUUCCCUGCUCAGACACCGCCUUGGCUGGUUAACAAUCGCAGCGAUGACAAGGAAGGGGAUUCAGAUAAUGCAGCCAGUGAGCCACCCCCAACUCCACAGGAUACAUCUCCUGACAGACGGCGAUCAUCUUCAGACACGUCCAGGUCUACUUACAGUCUCACGAGGCGUAUUUCAAGUUUAGAGUCAAGAAGACCCAGUUCCCCAUUAAUUGACAUAAAACCAAUUGAGUUUGGUGCAUUGGGAGCCAAGAAAGAAAUUGUACAACCGACAGUACUGAGAAAAACCUACACCCCCGAGGACUAUUUUAGGAAAUUUGAACCGCGUCUUUAUUCUCUUGAUUCUAGUAAUGAUGAUGUAGACUCAUUAACUGAUGACGAAAUUCUAACCAAGUACCAGUUGGGAAUGCUGCAUUUUAGUACUCAAUAUGAUCUAUUGCACAACCAUCUAACUGUCAGGGUAAUUGAGGCCAGAGACUUGCCGCCUCCCAUAUCUUAUGAUGGUUCAAGACAAGAUAUGGCUCAUUCAAAUCCAUACGUGAAGAUCUGUCUCUUGCCUGAUCAGAAGAACUCUAAGCAAACCGGUGUCAAGCGUAAAACUCAGAACCCAGUAUUUGAGGAAAGGUACACUUUUGAAAUACCAUUUUUAGAAGCCCAAAGAAGGACUCUGCUUUUAACCAUGGUUGAUUUUGACAAGUUUUCACGGCAUUGCGUUAUUGGGAAGGUCUCAAUGUCAUUAAACGAAGUGGAUCUUGUGAAAGGAGGACACUGGUGGAAGUCCAUCAUACCAAGCUCACAGAACGAAGUCGAGCUGGGCGAGUUACUUCUGUCUCUUAAUUAUCUGCCAAGUGCUGGAAGAUUGAACGUUGAUAUAAUCCGAGCAAAACAACUUCUUCAGACAGAUAUGAGCCAGGGAUCUGAUCCCUUUGUGAAAAUUCAACUGGUACAUGGGUUAAAAUUGGUGAAAACCAAGAAGACAUCUUGUAUGAGAGGGACCAUCGAUCCAUUCUACAAUGAGUCGUUCAGCUUUAAAGUCCCACAGGAAGAGCUGGAGAAUGUCAGCUUGGUGUUUACUGCUUACGGACACAACAUGAAGAGCAGCAAUGAUUUCAUUGGACGAAUAGUGAUUGGUCAGUAUUCAUCAGGCUCCCCUGAAACAAACCACUGGCGACGCAUGAUGAAUACUCAUCGGACGGCAGUGGAGCAGUGGCACAGCCUGAGGUCUCGGGCCGAGUGCGACAGAGUGUCCCCGGCUUCACUGGAGGUGACGUGAGAGCAACAACGUGUGGUGUCACAACAGACGCACAAAAGGAACCAACGUGGGACAACCAUUUAGGCUGCUUGUGAUUAAGUGGCAGCAUAUGCCUAUGUGCCUCACUGUAUUUUCACGAUGCAACAUGUUUGUUAAAUGUCCAUCAGGCCAGUUGGGUUUUGAAAACGUGUGACACAUGGAUUCAUAUUAUUUGCUUUCUGGCCUGGCGCACCCAUCCACCAACUAAUUCCACCCCUCAUAAAAUAAGCCAGUGUUUCUGUGACGCGCUGUUACAUUUAUUAAAACGGACUUAAAGGAAGACUCCGAAUAAAUGUGUCUUAAAUGAAAGAA